GCUUUUCCUUUAUCUCAACUCUCUCUCUCUUUAUAUUUCCUUUCAAUUUUUGGCUCUUCACAAAUUAUAAUUAACUAGUCUUUGCAUGCAAUUAUAAUGGCUAUUGAUUGUAUGAUCACAAAUGGAAAAUCUCCCAUGCUAGAUGAAAAAAAACAAUUUAUUUUUGAUGCAUCUCAUAUGAAACGUGAGUCUAAUAUUCCCACACAAUUCAUAUGGCCUGACCACGAGAAGCCUUGUGCCUUAGUACAACAACUUCAUGUACCCCUUAUUGAUUUAAGGGGUUUUCUUUCUGGUGACCCCGACGCGGCCCAACAAGCAUCUGAGCUUGUUGGGGAAGCGUGUCGGGGUCAUGGUUUUUUUCUUGUGGUGAAUCACGGAGUUGAUGCUAAUCUCAUUUCUAAUGCUCAUCGUUAUAUGGAUACGUUCUUUGAGUUGCCGCUUUUAGAAAAGCAAAAAGCUCAGAGAAAAAUUGGUGAGCAUUGUGGUUAUGCUAGUAGUUUUACUGGAAGGUUUUCAUCAAAGCUACCUUGGAAAGAGACACUCUCUUUUCGUUACUCCGCUAAGAAAGAAUCAUCUCACAUAGUUGAAGAGUAUUUUCAAAGUACAUUGGGCGAAAGUUUUAACCAUCUCGGGAAUGUUUAUCAAGAAUAUUGCAAUUCUAUGAACACACUUUCUCUUGGGAUCAUGGAACUCUUAGGGAUGAGCCUAGGUGUAGAGAAGAGUCACUUCAAAGAGUUUUUCGAAGAAAAUGAUUCGAUAAUGAGACUCAACUACUAUCCACCAUGCCAGAAACCGGAGCUCGCCUUAGGAACGGGGCCUCAUUGUGAUCCAACAUCAUUAACAAUUCUCCAUCAAGAUUGUGUUGGUGGACUUCAAGUUUUUGUGGACGAUGAAUGGCGUUCCAUCAGUCCAAAUUUCAAUGCAUUUGUGGUUAAUAUAGGCGACACAUUUAUGGCGCUAUCAAAUGGAAGAUACAAAAGUUGCCUACACAGAGCGGUAGUAAACAACAAGACUCCUAGGAAAUCACUUGCUUUCUUUCUUUGUCCAAACAAAGAUAAGGUGGUGAGCCCACCAAAUGAAUUGGUGGACUCCAACAACCCUCGAAUAUAUCCCGAUUUCACAUGGCCUACUCUUCUUGAAUUUACUCAAAAACAUUAUAGAGCUGAUAUGAACACUCUUCAAACAUUCUCAAAUUGGCUUCAUGAUCAACACAACACUACUACACAAGCUUAAGAGCUACAAGAUUGAAGACCUUGAAAAUUUUCUUUUAAAUAUAUGUACGUGUACACGUUCUCUUAGCUUCUACUAAGAAUAUGACAAUGUAUGGGAAUUAGGGGGAAGAGGCACAA